UGGAAAUGGGAAUUACUUCCUAGUUUUGUUCAGGAAUCUUAAAGAAACUACAUACAAGCUUCAUAAAAUCUCGCCCUUCGACUGGGUUCUGAAAUCUUGACCAUACUCCCGAGUAUAACGUUUAUUGGCGCGCCACAAGGGUCAAUCUAUCGAAGGCGUUGUUAUUAUAAAACAUACAAAACCUAUACACUGUCGGUAGUUGAUGAAGAGAUGAAUUUACCUGACACACCGUGCCAUCGUGCGCACUGAAAAACAUUCGAACAUGAGUCAAGUUUCUACAAGAUGAGAAAAGAGAUCUAGAAAAUCUAAAUACACACCUUGAUUAGGGUUUAAGAUGGAGAAAACAUGGAAGUAUUCUUUGUUCAUGAAAAACCCAAAAGAAAGAGCAGGAGUGGUGUCCAGAUUAUCAUUUUGUUGGAUGAAUGGUAUCAUGAAAAUCGGCAGCAAGCGCAUCCUGGACGCGUGCGAUCUGUAUCCUUUGCUUGAUGAAGAUCGAUCCAAGGAACUAACUGAAAAACUUGACUUCUCUUGGAGCGAAGAGGUUAGGAAUUCCUACCUGAAAGGUCACGAAGCACGGCUAACUCGCGCGUUGAUGAAAAUCCUCUCGUGGAGCGAGUACGCGUUGAUGUUGUUCUCUUUAUUCAUUGGUGUAGCAUGUAAUAUUCUUCAACCUCUACUGCUUGGUUUGUUGUUAUCGCAAUUGCUUAUCGAAGAGGAUUACAGGAUGGAKCCUAUGGURUAUGUGUACUCAGGGGGGCUGUGUAUUAGUGCGUUCCUAAGGGCCGUGGUUAUGAACCAGUUUCAUGCAAAAGCACAGCUAUUGGGCAUGAGAUGGAGGUCUGCUACCGUUGGCUUGAUUUAUAAAAAGGCUUUAAGAAUGCGACAAAGAGAGAUGUCAAGCUUCCCCACCAAUCACGUCUUAGAUCUAGUGUCACGUGAUUGCCAGUGGUUUCAUCAAGUCUUUCUCAAAACGGGAUUCGUCGCGCAAGGCGUGCUGGAGAUCAUUGCUGUCACGGCGUUCCUAUGGCAACUARUUGACYUCCCCGCGGUGUCUGGYAUGGUGAUUAUCAUGUCUCUGAUUGGUUAUUACAUAGGAAUGUGGGAUGUCUGUGUGAAGUUAAGAGCYAGCAUAAGACAUUGGAUGGAGAAGAGAAUGGAGAUUAUUAGAAACAUUGUCGGUAAUUUGAGAGGUGUAAAGAUGAACGCAUGGGAAUGGUUGUAUAAGGACAGAGCAUUAAAGUUCAGAAGGAAAGAGAUGAGAGUUGUGCGUCAAAAAAGCGCAAUCCUUGUUUCGUUUGCUACACUUCUCUACACCAGUACUACAGUUGCAGUCUUUGURUCUUUGACGACUCUUGCGGUGACCAACGUCAGUCUUAAUGUCUACACCAUCUUCUUGACUGUAGUACUAAUAAGAAUGGUUCGACUAUCAUCGUCUUCAUUCUUUGCCUCSGCAAUYAACUACAUCAGCGAAUACUCCUCCUCAGUUUCUCGAAUUCAARCAUUCCUCCACGUGGAGGAGACUCCACCCUUGUCAACAAUYUCAAAGCCAUCGAAAUUAAAAAGAUCAAUCAAAUCGAGAUCUUUCCUUGAUUUAACGAAGACAGAAAUGUCAGAAUACAUAUCUACAGAGGACGUCAAUAAAAUACAGUCGAAUAUCAARAAAUCUGGCUCCUUACUUGACGUCCGUGCUUAUAAYGAUGAGUUUGCGAAYAAUAAUGGACACGAAGAGGCUCUYACAGCUUUUGUAUCYAGUAACAACAUGACCUGCUACUGGGAUAGCGAUAACAGACCUCCUGCGAUUACAAAUCUUACAUUCCGAGCUAAUGCUAAAGAGCUGACGCUGAUCAAUGGUCCCGCUGGGUGUGGCAAAACAUCGCUCCUUCUAGCCAUYUUAAGAGAGCUUCCUCCUCUAGAGGGUACAAUCAUCCAUGAUGGCAAGAUUGCGUAUGUUCCACAGAAUCCAAUGAUUUUUACAGAAUCAUUUCGCAAUAACAUCAUCUUUGGUAAAAGCUUCAAUCCCUUUAGAUACCAAGCUGUAAUCAACGCAUGCAAUCUGCAGAAACUCUUGGAAAAGCUCCCGGAUGGAGACUUGACAGUGAUUGGCUCACAGGCAGUACAACUGACCAAUGGACAGAGAGCGCGCAUUGGUCUUGCACGUGCAGCAUAUGCYGAUGCCGAUAUCUAUCUMCUUGACGACCCACUACGAUUUGUUCACCCCAAGACCGCUGAGCAGGUCUUUGAUAAGUGCAUUUGUGGUCUUUUAUCCAAAAGGCUUCGAAUUAUGGUAAGCCGACAAUUGCAGUAUGUUGAACGRGCUGAUCAGAUCCUUACAAUGAGAGGAGGGACGAUUAUAAAUGAGGUUACGUCACCGAUGUUGGGCUUCAAGCCUGCAAAGCUUCAUGGGGUUGGCUAUGGUGGACGAGUAAGGGAACUGGAAAAGACAAACAGUCUCUCUUCCAAUGACGAGUCAGAUAACUUAGUGAAAGUUGGAUGYCAUGAAAGUCCGUCAGACAACGAUGUUGUUCCCACCGUCAGAUGGCAGACGUAUUGGAAUUUCUUUAAAAUUGGAAUGUGGCGUCCUCUGCUCUUCUUGUGCCCUAUUUUGUUUCUCUUUAUUCAAGCUGCCCUGAUUGCACCAGAUGUAUGGUUACUGUACAUAAGUCACACCGACUACAACUUAAUGACCAGUGACCAAACGUGGUACUCGUACGCCGCUCUUGUGGUAACCUCUUUCCUUUUUGGCAUUCUGCGCGCCACAAUCUUUAUCUCAACUAUCUUGAAAUCAGCAGAGCAGCUUCAUACAAAUUUAAUGGAAGCARUUCUCAAGGGCCCUGCGGACUACUUUGAGUACAAUUCCAAGGAURCCAUGCUACAAUGUUUCUCAAAAGAUAUGACUUCAUUAGUUGAGUUGCUUCCUGGAGUWUUCCURGACGCAGUUCAAGGUGUCCUCUUUACGAUAUCCGCUGUCUUGUUGCCUUCAUUUCUUAACCCUUUGAUAUUUCUAUUUGCUAUUCCAAUUGUGAUUCUACUGGCUGCGUAUUGGGAGUUUUAUUUGAAGACCUCCAGGCAAAUAAAACUACUGGAAUCAGCCAAUCGAUUGCCGGUGAACAAACACUUUGCAGAAAUGAUGGAUGGCCAUCUUGUCAUCCGUACUCAWGAUAUGCAAGAAGGAUUUGUAGAAGAGAUGUACAGCUACCAAGACUCAUACAACCAAGCMGUCUGUUCAUCAGUAACGUGCGAGGCCUGGAUAGGAUUGAGGAUGGAUUUGUUGUGUGUAAUAUUCCUUGCCGUAGUUGUGUUUGGAGCACAUCUUAUGACCUURGGACCAGCUUUGACUGGCAUAUCACUGGUAUAUACUAUCCAAUUGGCUUGCGAGAUGUCAAUAUAUGGAGUCAAGAGAUGUUUUGACGUCGACGCUUACAUGAACUGUGUACAAAGAGUCAUGGGYUUAAGUAAGGUCGAACCUGAACCGGGUUACAAUAUCCCCACUCAACCACACGAGCCUUGGCCGAGUGCCGGUCAGAUAUGCUUCAAAAAUGUUUCUUUAACCUACAAAAAUGGCGCGAAAAAGGCUUUAAAAGAAAUGAGUAUCCUGAUUCACCCUCGWGAGAAGAUAGGCAUUGUGGGAAGAAAUGGRACAGGCAAAUCGUCAUUCAUAUAUGCAAUGUUUCGUAUGCCGGAGAUCAAGGGACAGAUUUUCAUUGACGACAUCGACGUCAAAGCAAUGAACUUACAGCGCAUGCGUCGAGGGAUUUCARUCAUCACAAAGGACCCUGUGAUAUUCUGCGGYAACGUWCGUUCCAAUGUUGAUCCGUUCWGUAAAUACACUGACAGGCAGAUCUGGGAAGUUCUUGAGAAGACACAUAUCCGUCCAUGGGUAGAAGCACUCCCAAAGCAGCUCUACCAAGACAUGGCCGAGUGCAGCUCAAAUCUUGGUACGAGCGAAAAACAACUGAUUUCCAUCGCGAGAGCUUUACUGUGCAAUACCAAAAUACUGGUCAUGGAUGAAGCUACRGCAGGCGUUGACUACAAAACAGACCGAUUGAUACAGGAGAUGAUACGGUCAAAGUUUAAGAAUAGUACAAUCAUCACCAUCCCAUAUCGACUCAGUACAAUUAUUGACUAUGAUCGUGUCUUGGUAUUGGAUAAUGGCCACAUUACYGAAUUUGAUAAACCAGAAAAAYUGCUGAAGAAAUCAGAUGGACUUUUCGCUCACCUCUACAGCAGUCAGUGUGCUCUUUGAUAGURCUUSAAUKAAUGGUUGAUUUGUCCUGUUGCUCAGUAUUGCUCUCAUAGCAAGAAACGAAACUUCGCAGCAUGGCAAUUUUGUCUAAUAUAUAUUGUAUAAAUUGAUUGGGACAUGCGCACUGUUUUACAACGAGUGCGCACAUUGUAGAAUGGAAAUAGAUSCAAUAAUCAUUGAACUGUUGUACUUAAAAGAUAUUAGAACAGAUAAUCAUCUUAUUCAUUMUCACUAACAACACCAACGUGGUUUAAACCUAAAUAAAUAAACGUAUUCGGGAUCCAAAAGGUUUGCAAGGAUAGGAAGGAUGGGGACCAUGGGAAAAAGCUACAAUGAUACUAGUAUUUCAGUCAAAAGAUUGCCACUGCACUGAAUGAAAUAACCUUCUCUACGAGUAAUACUAUGAUGUAACAUGUUUAGKCAAAURUUAUGAUUCGAGUUUUUGAGUACUUAAAAUGCACUUCGGUAUUAAUUUAUAUCAUUUUUUGUGACCCGACGUUUUUUCAAUCAGGUAUAUCAGUAUUGAUAUUAGUGAUAUCAUCAUUAGGCUUCUGUAAUAGUAACAAAUCCUGUGAAAUAGACGGUAGACUGACAUUCUCCUUUUCGGAAUGGGAAUGGUUUGAUAAACGCACAGCUUGUACCGGCUACCACACCCUUCCUCAACCUUGUUACCACACCCUUCCUCAACCUCGUUACCAGGAACUGGGGUUAGGUUCGACUUACCCCAAACGAAGGGAUAAAGAUCCUGGAAACAAGGUUGACCCUUCCUAGACUUGGAACAAUUUCGCGAAUUGAAUGAUUGGGACAUUUAUUCCAUUGUUUUAGUUUUGAUUCACUCUUAUUGGUGAUGAACAUCGGCACCAUUUUGUACGACAGAGCAUGAUGGGAAAAGCUGUCCCCAUAGUUUGCAAAGAACUUGAAUCUAAAAA